AUGUUAGCGCUAUUCCCACCACCAUUGUUAUGGACGACGACGACGUCGUUGGAGGAGAGCAUAAGCCAUAAUCAUGAGCAGCAGCAGAGCUACGUUUACAAAGACACUGAGUAUAAGCUAUCUCAACCGCAGGAUCAUGAUCAACAUCGGUUUCCGAAAUUGGCGAGUUUUAACGGCGACCCGGCCAUGGUGGUUAAGAAGCUUAACCACAAUGCUAGCGAGCGUGAUCGUCGCACGAAGAUGAAUACUUUGUACUCCUCCCUCCGCUCCGUACUUCCCGCUGCUGAUCAAACAAAAAAACUAAGUGUUCCGGCAACAGUUUCCCGUGUGUUGAAGUACAUUCCACAACUACAAGAGCAAGUGGAGGGAUUGCUGCAAAAGAAGGCAGAACUUUUAUCAAACUUUUCAAGGCAAGGAGAUGUAAAUUAUCUAGAGAAGCAGAGUAAAAAUGCAGCAGGGAAGUCUAGUUCUGCUGUUUCUGCAACUUGGCUUAAUGAUAGAGAAGUUACCCUUCAUAUGACCACUUAUAAGUUCCACAACUGUUCUGUAUCUGAGAUCUUGCUAUACUUGGAGGACAAUGGGCUUCUACUCUUAAAUGCUUCUUCUUUUGAGUCUUUUGAAGGAAGGGUGUUCUACAACUUACAUGUUCAGGUGGAAGGAACGAAUAAAUUGGAUUGUGAGUUUUCGAGUGAGAAGGUCAUGUCCUUGAUUGAGAAAAGGGAAUAA